AAUGUUCUGUUAUUUAUGAUUUUCUCCGUCAGCCUGGCACAAUAUAAAGAUAAAGGAAAAUUUGUUUGUGCUCAUGUGCUGCAGAUUAUUUUAUAUUCUGUUCUGUCUAUUUUGACAUCUUGUCAAUCAAAAUUUACGAAUCUUGCAAAUUCGCAAUCAAAAAUAUUGACAAUGGGUCACGGAUUCGGAAAUCUCGCUAAACUCCGAGGGAUUGUUUAUUACAGACUUUCGCCAUUUGAACUUAAAGCCUUCGGUGGCGUUAUUUCCCAUGGUGUUCCAAAUAUGUUCAGAAGAGUCAAGGAAGAAUUUCUCGUUGUAGUACCACCUUUUGUACUCGGUUAUCUCAUAUAUGAUUGGGGAAACAAGAAACAUGCCGAAUUAAAUAGGAAAAACCCUGCAGAUUUCGCCGAUGAACAGUGAAUUUAAAUUGUUUAAGUAAGGUUUAGUUAGUAUGAGAUAAUAAAUAUAAAAUGUCUUUA